GCGCCUGCGUGCGGGUGCGAGCGCUCAAAGCGCCUUCCGGAGGCCGCAGAACUGCGCCUCUCUCCUCAUCUGUUGCUUACGAAGUGCCCUAAGCGAGGUUCAGAGAAGCCACCGCCACUGGAGGGGCGUUUUUCUGUAGCUCUGACCCCUCUCGGUGCCCAACUACUCCGGCCCUUGCCCUUUGACCCAGCUCUCACGGAGGGGUGAGAGGUCGGUGGCCAUCUUGUGGCGGCGGCGCGGGUGGCUGUUACUGCGGAGACCCAUCCCCUCCCCCUCCUUGCCCCCCCCCUCCGCCCGGCAGUCUGUCAGUCUGUAAAGAGCCCCGCAGGCGGUCAGGUGAGACCCCGGCCCCGAGGCUUCGUUCUUCCCGCCGCACUGGGCGGCCCAGGCCGCUCUCUGCAGGGCCUCACCGCCGCCACCAUGUCCUCCUUCUCCGAGUCGGCGUUGGAGAAGAAGCUCUCAGAGCUGAGCAACUCUCAACAGAGCGUGCAAACCCUGUCCCUGUGGCUCAUCCACCACCGCAAGCACGCGGGACCCAUCGUCUCUGUGUGGCACCGCGAGCUCCGGAAAGCCAAGUCAAAUAGAAAGCUUACUUUUCUGUACUUAGCGAAUGAUGUCAUCCAAAACAGUAAAAGGAAAGGACCUGAAUUCACUAGAGAAUUUGAAUCUGUCCUUGUGGAUGCUUUUUCUCAUGUUGCCAGAGAGGCAGAUGAAGGCUGUAAAAAACCUUUAGAAAGAUUGCUGAACAUCUGGCAAGAACGAAGUGUGUAUGGCGGCGAGUUCAUACAGCAGCUGAAGCUGUCUAUGGAGGACUCCAAGAGCCCUCCCCCCAAAGCAGAGGAAAAGAAAUCCCUGAAGCGAACUUUCCAGCAGAUACAAGAGGAGGAGGAUGAUGACUACCCUGGAAGCUACUCUCCCCAAGAUCCUUCUGCAGGACCCCUCUUGACUGAGGAACUAAUCAAAGCUUUGCAGGACCUGGAGAAUGCUGCAUCAGGGGAUGCUACUGUCCGGCAGAAAAUUGCUUCUUUACCCCAGGAAGUGCAAGAUGUUUCUCUGUUGGAAAAAAUAACAGACAAAGAGGCAGCUGAACGACUCUCAAAAACAGUAGAUGAAGCAUGUCUGUUACUAGCGGAAUAUAACGGGCGUCUGGCGGCGGAGCUGGAAGACCGGCGCCAGCUGGCUCGGAUGUUGGUGGAGUACACCCAGAACCAGAAAGACCUUUUGUCAGAAAAGGAGAGAAAACUGGAAGAAUACAAGCAGAAGCUCGCACGGGUAACCCAGGUCCGCAAGGAACUGAAGUCCCAUAUUCAGAGCUUGCCAGACCUCUCGUUGCUGCCCAACGUCACAGGAGGCUUGGCCCCCCUGCCCUCUGCUGGUGACCUGUUUUCAACUGACUAGGACAGGUGGCGUGCCCCAGAGUCCCAUCUCUACCAGCAGAAAGAAGAGAGAGGGCAAGUCAUGGUUGGAAAUAACUGUGGUGGAAAUAACUUGUGGCCCCUGGUCCUGUCCCUCCAUCCCAGCCCUGCAGCCUCGAGAAAGAACCACAGACUCUGAAUCUCCUCUCCGUCCUCUCCUGUUGAGCACAAUUCAGAACAGUGGCGAGUGGAGUCCAAUUAGAUUCUUAUUUGCAAAGAAUACAAACUCUCCCAACUUCAUGUUUUCGUGCCCCUGUUGGUUUUCCAUUAUUAGCUUUCUCUUUACACCCAAGAAGUUAUGAAAAUCAUGCAUACUUCUGGAAGCUUUCAGAAGAAUCUUGUCCCUGUCGACAGCAUUGUGUCAUGAGAACAGCUUCUCUUUUCGGAGCCGGGUUUGUUCAAGUUCAGUGCAGGCCUCCACUGAAGGACUUGCUCUUGAGUCGUUGGCUUUCCUGGCUGCCAUCCACCCCAUAGGUUGGAGGCAUGACUGUCAAGCAGUUUUGCCAUGAAGAGUUUGCCAAAUCUCUGAUCCUUCUUUCCUCUACUUGCAGUGAUGUGUAGUUACAGGUGCAGUGCUUUUGUUUUAUAAGCAGACUCGGGAAUCUAGCAAUGAGAUUUCAAGCUGACCUGGGACCUAAAGUCACAGUUCGGAAGUAAGAGUAACUGGGAUCACAGGCACAGGCUGAGUCAAAAUAAGUUAUUUGCGUCAGGUUCCUACAAACAAACUUCCCAGGCACCCAUGGUCACAGAAAAUGUUCCUAAACAUUGAUCUUUUGGCCCUAAUCUGGUGAAGGCAGUUAGGAAGGGUGCUGGUGGAUCUCAAAAGCUAAAGGCAAAACUGAGAGUGUGGGCCGUGUGUGGGUGUUGCUUUUAGACUCCUGUCGUCUGGGGAGUAGGGCCACACUAACCUUGCCUCACUGGGCUCAGGCCUGCGGUCCAGUGAGUGAACUUGAGUAUCUCCCCUGCGGAUAACUCUGUGUGUCUGUCUGUCUGUCUGUCUGUCCGUUUACACCACUGCACACAUCCUUGUGCCCGGAGGAGGACUCUGAUCGGCUGUUCCGAGUCCCUCAUCUCAGGCCAAGGAAGGUUUAACUCCACUAUCAUGCCAGCUGACAUUAUGACUCUAUAAUGUAGUUACAAAGGAUUUUUACCUUGCUUUUAGUAAAGGUUAGGCCUGCUAACUGUAAAUCAUUCUGAUUUGGCAGGCUUCUUUUUGACAUUGGAAAGGGCAGAAAACGAUUUGCCCCAGUAGUGUUAAUAGGCGUCAGGGCCCAGAGGCUGAAGUCCACAGGCUGUGAAAAGGAAUUCAGCGGUGGAGGCUUCAGGGUCUCCAUUACUUUGAGUUGUUACUUCCAGGAUUACCAAAAAGCCAAAUUACUCGUAAUUUUACAUGUUGAACAUGUUGAAACCUAGCCCGUGGUUUUAAAGUGUGGCAGGCUUUCCUUUAAGAAGCUCUUCUGUCGGCUGGGAAGUGAGAACAGUGAAAAGGCCUAGCGGGGGUUCAGCGUGACUCUGUGGGGAACGUAGUAGCAUUGGAGCUGUUCUCCGGGUUUGAACACAGACUGUGUGUUGCUUGCUCACUGACACUGCCCAUUGUCCUGUCGUUCUUAAAUUAAUGAGUCUCGAACUAUAAAGCUUUUCCUGCCAGAGGCCAGGGGGCUGUAGGUGACUUUACUAAAUAAGAUCGCAGGAAAAUUGCAAGAUUGACUCUAAUCUUUGCGGUUUCUGCACAUACGCCCCUCCCCAUAUGGUGUGCUGCUUCAGUCCUGCAUGUGAGCUCCGUGUGGAACGGGCCCAUCGUGGACACUCUCUGUGCUUUUCCCAAGGAAGCAAAAUUUAUUAGCGUCAAAUCAAAAGGGUAGAGUAGACAUUCGCUCUGAUCAGCUGGAUGAAAAUGUUUCAGCAUAAUGGAUUUUGCCCAUUGCUAUGCUUUCUCUGAUUGAGUUUGACCAGCAAUUGGUGCAUAAUUCUUAACAGCAAGAGCAAGAAAUGAAACUGUAGCAAUUAUGUAAAUGAGUGUGUUGGCCUCCUAACACCCGUUACUAGUGGACUUCCAGUGAGAAAGUAAGUUUUGGGGUUUGUUUUGUUUUUUAAUGAAAUACUUUUGUUUUUUAAAUCUUAUUUCUCCAAGAGUGCUCACUUCAUGUGUUUAAUUUAAAGGAACCUUUCUCCUUGAUGUACCAGGUGGUCCGGGGUUGGGGAUGGGGUGGGGUGGGUGGCUUUUGUUUUGUGUGUUUUCUUUCUUUAGGGCAUCCAUAGGCCUCAAAGGACCUCUCCUUUAGGUCGUAUUCCUCAGACGUCUUCAUUCUUCUUUGUUGUGUUUUGUUUUGGUUUUUUCUUAAAGAAUAUUUUUAAAGCUUAAAUUUGUAUAUUAAUUUAGGACUUUAUUUAGAAGUAUAGGCUGUCAUUGGCGGCAGCAGUAUAUUCUGAAAUGUCUCAUAGAUAUAUAUUUUUGAAUAAAGAUGGUGUUGUUGAACGA